AUGGUUCGCUCUUGGGAGCUUGACAAGGACUUGGAUACGUUGGCGUGGUCGCAGGAUGGGUUGUUCUUGCUAGCUACCUCUCAUGGCACAGACAUUCAAGCCUCCCCGUCCAACGGCACGUCGUAUGUCCUACCUCUUGAUCCUGAUGCGGCCGUGACCGACGGGUCCGACGAUCAUCGCGGAUGGGUCGCCCAGAUCGCUGCGGGGGUUGCAGGGCUUGCCCAUGCACAGUGGAUCCCUAUCAAGCGCAUACCUGCUGUAAUGCAAUUUUCUAGCUUCGAUGCAGGCGCUGUUCUGUACUCGUUGUGUGAUCAGGCGUUUACCGUCUUCCCUGAUACCAUUCUACCCCACAUCUAUGGCCACUCACAAUGGCCCAAUAUGUUUGCUCUCACACAGAAAUUCCAAGACAAGGACGCACUGGUACUCUAUGCACCUCAAUCCAAUGCAGCGCCCUCAUUGGAGGCGCCUGUCGUUUGGUCGCUGUGGCGUUCCAUCCCCCUGCACACCACGUCGGUGUCAGGUGUUGCUUGGAGUCCUGACGGGUAUGUAUGGGCUGUAUGGGACUCGGCUCUUGAGUUCCGAGUAUGUCUUUACACACUCCAUGGCGUUCUGAUCGCGACUCUAGCAGCCAACGAACAGGGAACCUUGGUAACAACGUCUUCGCUGACCAAGCAAGACGUACAUUCCCUCCUGGCACCCAAGCCAGCGACAUCACGGGCGCGUCGUGUGUCUGUGCGUACUUCGCGAAGCAUGAGCAAUCCACUGGCACAGAGUGUACGACGCUCCAGCGCUUCUACCGCGUUGGCUCACGUCGCAGGUGGUGGUCUGGGCGUUCGUACGUUGUCAUGGCAUCCAUCGAGUCAAUUCCUCUCUGUGGGUGGGUACGAUGAGCACGUCUAUGUCCUCUCGCAUGAAGACUGGAGUGUAGUCUAUGUCCUGGAUUACAGCGUUUCUGCUUUGCGCCGUCUUCCUACGUCGCCUGUCGUCUGGCAAGAGCCUUAUCAAUGGUUCGAAGCUACACAAGGCCGUGGCAUUGUCUCCAUGGAAUCGACUCAACUUCCUAUUCAAGUGUCUGUACAGGCCCCUGAUGAAAAAGCCUGGCCACCCAAGGCCGGCAUACAAUGGCUCUCGUGGAACAAAGAUGGGAGUGUGCUGGCAUGCCGCAAUGAAAGCAUGCCUACCGUUCUCUUCCUUCACGUUUUCGAAGGCAUUCACGAACGCAGCGUAGAUAUGUGUCUCCAACCACUAGCUCUCCUUGCCUUUGCUGAGCCAAUCUGCUCUGUGGCAUGGAAGCCUGGUCAUCCCUGCUCGUUGGCGGUCGUUACAGGGCAAAGUGCUGUGUAUACCUGGACCUGGCACAGUGCCCGUGAUGAUGCUUCUCUGUCGGACACAGAAUCGACUCUACAAACGGCCGAUGCCAUUGCGAUCCCGAAUGAUCGCUUUUCUGCGGUUCGACUGCACUGGUCACCUGAUGGACAGUCUCUCGUACUCGCGGAUACCUCUUCCUUUUGCUGUGUGGUGCCUGCGCCGUCGGAGGCCACCGAAAUAGAGUCCGUCGCGCCCCCAUGA